UUUGUGCUAUAGAAAUACUAAACUUUUGGAUCAUAUUUUCCCGGUUAACGUCGUUGUAAACAGAUUUUUCACGUAGCUUCCGAGUGAAUCAACGAAUAGUGAGAAAGGGUGACCUAUCUAACACGAUCCGGUUCAGUUUUUCGAUGUGAAAGACCAAAGCAAACUACGCAGCUUCCUCUUCAACAAAAUGGCGUUGAAUGUGUCCUAGUGCUACAGUGCUUGCUUGCAAAUUGCUUGUAUUACAGUGAAGUAAGUAGUUUACAGUGUCUAAAACAGUAUCAAUUUCUUUCAGUUAUUACCUUUACCGUGCGUAAGAGUGGUUUAUCGCGAGUGGUGUUAUUUUGUGACGAAUUCGGUACAGUGUUUUGCGUGCAAAGUGACGGCUUCUUGUGUCCGAGCUUGCGUACAGUGAACAAUUUGAGCACAACCAACUUGAGCAAACACACGUGAACUCACACUUACCACCGUGGUCAGGCACAUGGACCAUAUUCUGCGCAGUGUGUGAUUAAUAUACCAGUUUUUUCCCACCGGAUUUUGUUUCCCGAAAAGCCCCAUCCAUCGGCCUAGCUGUGAGGACCUACGUUAACAGGACGCCUGGUGGAAUUAGUCGUCUAUUUUUGGGACAGCGGAGACAACUUUAAAUAGAGGAAAACCCAAGCACAAAACACGAACAGUAACGGUGGUAACGAGUAACGACAGUAACAUAGUUACACCGGCAGUACCUGCUACCAGCCAGGACCAAUCAACAACGGCAAUGGACAGUACCGCGACCACCAGUCCAGCCGGGGAAGCCCAACCAAACCGAAAGCUGAGUGGAUUUGAAUUUUACGAAAAAAUCCUUCACUCACCGCGGUACGUGGUUGCACCGAUGGUGGACGCCAGCGAACUGGCCUGGCGUUUACUCAGUCGACGGCACGGUGCACAGCUCUGCUACUCGCCCAUGUUCCACAGCAGCUGCUUCACGAAGGAUCCAAAGUAUCGAAAGGAUUCCCUACAAACCUGCCCGGAAGAUAGGCCACUGAUAAUUCAGUUUUGCGGUAACGAUCCGAAGGUGAUGUUGGCAGCGGCCCUGCUUGCACAGGAUCACUGUGAUGCGAUCGAUAUUAACCUUGGCUGUCCGCAGGCAAUUGCCAAGCGGGGCCACUACGGUGCCUUUCUUCAGGAUGAGUGGGAACUGCUGCGAGAGAUAGUAAGCACCCUGCAUCGUAAUCUGGCCAUCCCGGUCACGUGCAAGAUACGCAUCUUCGAGGAUAUGGCGAAAACGAUUCGAUAUGCCCAAAUGCUGCAGGACGCCGGUGCCCAGAUACUGACCGUGCAUGGGCGAACGCGGGAACAGAAGGGUCCGCUUACGGGGUUGGCCGACUGGAAGUACGUGAGCGUUCUGCGGCAACAGUUAAGCAUACCGAUCUUCUCGAACGGGAAUAUCAUGUCUGUGCAGGACGUUGAACGGUGCAUCGCGGACACGGGCGUGAACGGGGUAAUGACGGCCGAGGGGAAUCUACACAAUCCUGCCCUGUUCGAGGGUUUGAACCCGACCUCCUGGAGUAUGGCCCACGAGUAUCUGGAUCUGGUCGAACAGUAUCCGGCACCGAUUUCUUUCAUCCGGGGGCAUCUGUUCAAAAUGUUUCAUCAUCUAAUGCACCUGAAGUCGAAUGCCGUCCUACGAGAGAAACUUGCCGGAAGCCAUUCGGUGGCCGAAUUCCGCUCCGUCGUAAUCCAGCUUGAACAAAAGUAUCUGCCGUACCACGAAGGAACGCGACCGUGGAUGGGUGAAUAUGAAGGCGAGGAAACAGAUGAAGGUGAAGCACCCCAAACGACCUCACCGAAUCAUAAUUUGCACCUUCCACCGUGGCUCUGUCAACCGUACAUGCGUGCCCCACCGGAAGUGCACCGGCAAAAGCUGGAAGAGGCACACCGUCUAGCGAACGAUCCGACCCGUGAGAAGCGUCAAUUUUUCGACACACACGGCAACGAAAUUUCACGCAAACGCAUGAAAAAGAUGCGUCGAGUACAACGUCGCCCGAAAAACAAGAACCGUGCGCAGCAGCGUAGCUUAAACAGUGGUGCAGCUCCGCAGGACAAUGCUACCGAUGAUGGAGAGGACGACGUAGAAGCAGAAGAGGAACUGCAGCAAGAGAACGGUUCGAAAGCAAUUGUCCGGAUGAAUAUUUCCAUUACUGACACGAACGGGCGGAGGCGUCGAUUUGAUGAGCUGUGCAAGAAUGAGACACCGAAUUGUACGAACCCGAUGGGUAUGAAAUGCGAACAUCAGCUUUGCCGGACGUGUUGCAAAAGCAAAUGUUACCGGGAGAAUCGGGAUUGCGUUGGACACAAGAUUCGCAUCAAGUCGAGGCGUGAGAAAGCAAUCGCACUGACUCUGGCUGAGCAGGCAGCAAAGGAAAUGCGGAACGCAUCAGUCGAUCAACGACCUGGCAACGUAGAAAUGACACCGGACAAUAAAGUUUCCGACGAGCGAAGCUGAUCGGAACACACGCACCAAUCAUUCGGACGUAAAAAAGUACACCUUUGUUGUUAAGUGAAAAACGAGGCCUGGUUAUUUGUUAACGGGCAAAUGCAUUUCUCUCUGGAGUACGUGCGUAAUCCAUUGCGCAGAUGCCACAACGAAUGAUAUUGCUCUGUGUAUGUGAAAAGUUGGAGUGUUGAACUUGUUGAAAGAACGAUCAUAGAACUGGAGUUAAGACCAAACAAGGCGUUUAUUUCAACAAGAAUCGUCAUUUUGUGUCUGAUGCAGAGAUAUUUGUCAAUCAAAGGAUCUCUUUUACAUCUCUGGCACACUCACAGAGCAAGUUAAUGAUCCAGGUUGUAAUCGAAUAGGGAUUCUAUGUUAAACAUAACAUGUUUGUAUGAAGUUUGUGAAUGUGUCAACAGAAUGUUCGACAUGUUUGGGGCGAUUCAUCCGAUCGCGUUUGAUAGCGUAUUGGGAGAAAAUUUGCCAUUCGCUUUAUAUGAUGUACAGGAUGCUUUCAAAUAUUGUCGAUUUUGACUUUCUAAAAAAGGGCCAUUGUGGGUAAAAAGUA